AUGGAUGACUUGCUUUACAUCGGCCGCGACAUUGGUGCUGCGGCCCUCUUCAUUGUCACCGUGCUACCCCUUUUUCUAUCUCUGGUUCAAACGACGCGAGCUGUCGAAUACAAGCCAUCGCUUCAAUUUACAGUGCACUCCUGGUUUCUGACCUUGUCCUAUGUCGGUGAUUCCAUCACACUCUUGCUCGAGUCGGUCAGAGGCCGCGGCGAGCUCCCUGAUGCCACCGCCAGCUUUUCGUACACCUUAUUUGUCUGUAUCCUGGUGCUCCGCCUCGAGUCCCUUCCCACAAAGGAGCAAGCCUCUGGAUGGUACCUCAACUGUGCAUUUUGGCUGCUUCUCCAUCUCAUCGAGCUCGCUACCGCAGUCCGGAUCGCUCUACGACCAUCUUUACCCUGGUCAUACUCCCAAGUCAACUUCGGUCUCGCAAUUUACAGAGCGUUGACGUGCUUGAUACUUCUUGUCACCUUCAUUCGAGCCUACAGGGAAGGAUACAUGAGCCUGGCACAAUCCGAUCUCGAAAACACCGAUUCACCAGACUCUGCUACCGAAGUUGUCAACAGGGAUGACGAAGACGGCCGCGCUGGCCCUGGGUUGCACACCACAGAUUACCUGGGACUCCGCAAGGAAGCCUACGAUGAAAUCGAGGAGCUCGGCGGAUGGAUUGCCUACGUGAAAAGGUUUCACAUCUUCCUCCGAUAUACGUGGCCGUUCGGCCGACGCUUCCUCCAGUUCCGCUUCAUCCUGACGUUCAACCUCCUAGUGGCAGAACGCCUCGUCGCAGUCCAACAGCCGCUCUGGUCAGCCGCCCUUAUCGACGCCAUCAGCUCGAAGCGCAGUCCUUGGCGGCCAUUCGCAAUGUUUUCCUUCUUCCGCUUCCUCAAUUCCGACAUGUGCCUUUAUCUGCUGGAAAACCUCAUGUGGAUCGACGUCGAUAUCUAUCGAAAGCAAAGGCUCAAGAAGGAGGCCCACUUCAAGGUCUUGAAUCUUGACAGUUACUUCCAUGCUUUUGUCCAGGCCACCGACAUCAUCCAGGCCAUCGACAACGCAUCAAGCAUUGACAAGCUACUGGAUCAGAUCAUCUUUGAGCUCUUACCCAACUUAUUCACCCUUGUCUUCGCUAUCAAUAGCAUCUAUCGCCGGUUCGGGCCGUUCAUGGUCAUCAUUAUCAUGUACAUGAUCACGACGUACGCAGUCACCGAGAAGCAGUACGUGGCAGCGACGAUGGAAGAGUACGGCCAGUUCGUCACUGCCAGAGACAGUCACGAGCGUCGGCGUCAGGAGGGCGUGCGUGGAUGGCAAACCGUGUCGGUUCAUAACCAAGUCGAGCAUGAGUGCGAGAUGUACGAUGCAGAAGUGGAUUCCUAUCUGGGCCAGUUGCGGACGUACAAAAUCCUCGUCUACUUUUUCCGGUUUGUUGACUCUUUCACAUACGAGAUCUCACACAUCAUCGGCUAUGCACUGGUGGCUUCCAUGGUGUACAGCGGUCAACGUACGAUAGGUGAUCUGACGGCAUUUCUCGGUCUUUGGGGUCUGCUUUGGGGCCCUAUCGAGUACUUUACCACCAUUGUCGGAUCUAUGCUCGAAGAAUUCCUCGAUUCGGCUCGCUUGAGGAGAAUCAUGGAGCAAAAAGCACGCAUUUCGUAUGGUGACCGGUCUCUCAAGUACGACAAGGGCGAGAUUCGGUUAGACCGGCUUUCUUUUGCCUACCCCGGCUCCAAAAAGUUGAUCAUCGGCGACCUCAGCCUCACGAUCAAGGGGGGAACCAAGGUUGCCUUGGUCGGACCGAGCGGCGCAGGGAAGUCGACCAUCUUCAAGCUCUUGAUGCGCCAACUCCUCCCGACACAAGGUGCUGUUUACAUCGACGGCCAGGACAUCGCUACACUUACCAGGGACUCGCUGCAUGAGAAUAUCAGCGUCAUGCAACAGAGCCCCUUUAUAUUCAACAAUACCGUCAUGUACAAUGUCCGGUAUGGAAACCCGAACGCCACCGAUGAAGAAUGCCAUCAAGCUUGUCGUAGGGCAGGCCUCCACGAUACCAUUAUGGCUCGUGACGACGGGUACGAGGCGAACACGGGAGAAAACGGAACAAACUUCUCAGGAGGCGAGCUCCAGCGCCUGCUGCUUGCCCGGGCCUUCCUCGAACAGCCCAAGAUCAUGCUCAUCGAUGAAGGCACCAGCGCGCUAGACUCUGAGACCGAAGCCUCCAUCAAACGUAGCAUCAACAAAGUGUUUGCUGGACGGACGGUCAUCAUCGUUGCUCAUCGGCUGUCUUCCAUCAAGCACGUUGAUCGGAUCAUUGUUCUGGGCAAAGGCUGCAAGAUUGUGGAAGACGGCACGCAGGAUGAACUUGUUGCCAUGAACGGCGUGUAUGCCGAGUCUUGGAAGAAGCACCUGGGAGACAGUGCUGAGGAAGAGGAAAACGAUGGAGAAGAAGAGAACCAUGACGAAGAGGGGGAUGACGAUGAGAACAGUGAAGAAACGUUGAUCAACCUGGACUAG